UGUAUGUUUGUACAAUAGUGUGUUGUUGUCCUCUCCCCACCCCCUCACUUCCCUCCUGUUAAUCCAGCAGCAGCAGCAGCGCAGUCGGAGGCCAACAAAGCGCCACUUGGAAAUCAAUUGGAUAGAUUUUAAAACCAAGCACUCGCUAUGGCCGCCAUCCGGAAAAAGCUGGUGAUAGUGGGAGACGGAGCCUGCGGGAAGACGUGCCUGCUCAUCGUGUUCAGUAAGGAUCAGUUCCCGGAGGUCUACGUGCCCACAGUCUUUGAGAACUACGUCGCUGACAUUGAGGUGGACAGCAAACAGGUCGAGUUAGCACUCUGGGAUACAGCAGGACAAGAAGACUACGACAGACUGCGCCCUCUCUCCUACCCGGACACUGAUGUCAUCCUUAUGUGCUUCUCCAUCGACAGCCCCGACAGUCUUGAGAACAUCCCUGAGAAGUGGACUCCUGAAGUGAAACACUUCUGUCCUAAUGUUCCCAUUAUACUGGUGGGAAAUAAAAAAGACCUGCGGAACGAUGAGCACACCCGGAGGGAGCUUGCCAAAAUGAAGCAGGAACCGGUGAAACCAGAGGACGGACGGGACAUGGCUAACAGGAUCAGUGCCUUUGGAUACAUGGAAUGCUCUGCAAAAACAAAGGAUGGUGUGAGGGAAGUGUUCGAGAUGGCCACCAGGGCCGCACUACAGGCCAGGCGGGGAAAGAAGAGCAAUAAAUGUGCCCUACUGUAAAGGGGGGCACGAGGACUGCUUCCUGCAGGGGGACAGAAGGAGCAUUAGGUCAAACCUCUCCCCACACACCCACACAAAGGACUGUUCUCUCCAGUUUUUACUAAAGAUGUAAUGCUUUUACCUUUUUUUUGUCUUAAGCAAAAGUAGUCCGGUUCUGUCAGUAUUCAAUUGAGGUUAUGGAAAAAUCUUUUUUUGUACUUUAACAUGAGUAAAUUUGCCAUAAUGAAACCUCCUUUAUCAACAUGUACUAUGUAAUCAAAGAGGUCGGCGAGGGGACCAGUUGUGUGUCAUACCUGCCAACUACAGUAAAGUGCUAAAGACCUGUCUGCCGAUCGGAGGAAUGUUUCCAGUCUACCAGGUGAAGCACCUGCACACUGUGACCCAUAGUCUUUUAAUUAUUUCAACAGACAGAAGCACACAAAGUCAAAUUGUGUUUGUGUGCUUCCUAUACGAAUCCAAUGUGCAUUAUGAUCACUUGCACAAUAUGAGACUGGAAACUCAUUUUGUUAAAAAGCAAAUGGAAACUUAGUGUUGUGUAAUAAAUUACUUUGUAAGAAUCUUGA